CGGCGAAUUCAGCCUAAACACCCCCGAACAACGGUUUGCAACGAACCAUGGAACCAAAUCGAACUCGUAGCGAAAACACAAGGCCGACUAACUUAUACUCUUCACAUACUUUUUGUUCAGAUCGGAUAUAUAUCAAGCAACUUGUAAAUACGUACCUUGGGGACUCGAUUCAUGAGAAACGGGGUAUUCCUCAACACCCUUAUUUUGGCGAAGCCCCUUCUGAAGGAGGACGCCGUUUAUUGCAUCAACAUGGACGAAUUCUGGCAUCAUAGCGUGCCCUAUGUUCACAAAAUUUUCGUCAUGUACUUGACCAACUUGAUCACUGGAAGUCAAGCAUUGAUAUACGCGAAAAGCGCUUGUCCUAAAAGCGAUACUUCCACCGAGUUUCUGACCAAUUCUGAUGAACUUGCUGACAUCAUUCUGGAGAUCUUAAUGCAAGUGCCCAUACCCUUGAGGCGAAACAUAGUGGCCAUAGUGUCUGACAGGUUCCGGAUGAACAUUCGUGCCCUGACUAUAUUGGAGGACAUAUGUCCUUACGUGCCACCUCCACACGUAUUCGAUGUGACACAUUUGUUAAAUUACUUCAUAAAGGAAUCCGAUAUCUCCUGUGAAAACAAUGUUCUUUUGCUGGUGGACACGGUAUUCAAAAGACAGGAAUACCGAAAUCAGCUUAACGAAAUACAGCAAAGAUGCAAAUCCAUUAAUUACGACACGCUGGCUCUCUUCUGGGCCUUCAUAAGCAGUAUUAAGGAGACUCUAAAGAACAUUUUCCAAGUCAUUGAUAAGGAUGAGUUCGUUUUGACAAAACUUAACAGCGACCGGAUGGAGCAAAAGGGGAAGUCGUUUGUGAGACAUAUGCCGGUCAUGCCCCUAAAGAUGUGUGCCGAGGGUGGUGGAUUGCUGAGUUUUAUGGUUUAUGACGCAGCAAGUGAUCUUUAAAUAAAAUUAAAAAUUAUGUACCCAUGA